CUGGCGAUGGUGCUGUAUCGGCAGGCCGCGAACACCGUGGAAAGGUGGAUGGGCAUUCGAGCGCGGACCCAUAUGAGAUGCGCAGUUCUGGCCACUGCCGCUUUCGUGAAGGCGAACACGUGGAUACGGGACUACCACCGGCCGUCCGCCCAUGUCCGUCAAAAAUAUCCAAACGGCAAUCAUGGCGGUUCGUAAUGAGCCUGUUCCCCAAGGCGAGACCGUGGAGCUCUGCUUCGAGGAGAUGCUUCAGCAGUCGAGUGCCAGAUGAA